AUCAAUCAAUCUUGAAUCUUAAUAAUAUAAUACUGUAUUUUGGGGAAAGCCAAGAGAGGGUGUUUUCUUCUUUGCCAGAUUCAUCAUCGAUCAUUUGAAAGAAAGAAAUCAAGAAUCGAGAGAUCGAUUGUUGGUUGGAAGUGAAGAAAGAAGAAGGGGAAUGGAGGUGUUUUAUUACAUGGUGUUUGGGGGUUUAGGAUUGGUUGUCGCGGUUUUGGAGUUUUGGAGUAGAAAAAAUAACAACAAAGACAAUCAUCGUCUUACUGCUUCUUGUCAAUCUUUCUCUUCUUUCAAGAACAAUUAUCUUCUUGUUUACUCUCUCAUGAUGGCUGGGGACUGGUUGCAAGGUCCGUAUGUGUACUAUCUUUACACAACAUAUGGUUAUGGAAAGGGAGACAUUGGGCAGCUUUUCAUUGCUGGCUUUGGUUCAUCCAUGCUCUUCGGUACUAUUGUCGGCUCCUUGGCUGAUAAACAGGGUCGGAAGAGGGCAUGUAUCACCUACUGCAUCACUUACAUUCUCAGCUGCAUGACUAAACAUUCUCCUCACUACAAGGUUCUCCUCUUGGGCCGCAUUUUGGGCGGCAUUGCUACUUCUCUCCUCUUUUCAGCCUUUGAAUCUUGGCUUGUCGCCGAACACAACAAGAGAGGAUUUGAACAGCAAUGGCUGUCUUUAACUUUCUCCAAGGCUAUAUUCCUGGGAAAUGGUCUUAUUGCAAUCAUCUCUGGCUUGUUUGGAAACUUUUUAGUUGAUGUUGUAAGUCUAGGGCCUGUGGCACCUUUUGAUGCAGCAGCAUGCAUCCUUGCCAUUGGGAUGGCCAUUAUAUUAUCCUCGUGGGGUGAGAACUAUGGUGACCCUUCAGAUAAUAAGAACUUGCUUUCCCAGUUCAAAGGUGCUGCGGUAGCUAUUGCUUCAGAUGAGAAAAUUGCAUUACUGGGAGCUAUACAGUCUUUGUUUGAAGGGUCAAUGUACACUUUUGUUUUCUUAUGGACUCCUGCCUUGAGUCCAAAUGAUGAGGAGAUUCCACAUGGUUUCAUCUUUGCAACAUUCAUGUUAGCAUCAAUGCUGGGAAGUUCAGUUGCAGCUCGAAUGAUGGCCCGCUCAUCACCUAGAGUUGAGAGCUACAUGCAAAUUGUAUUUUUAGUUUCUGCAGCGUCUCUUUUGCUUCCUAUAGUGACAAAUUUCUUUGUAGCUCCUUCUGAGGUUAAAGGUGAAGGUAUCUCAUUGGGGAGCAGUAUUCAACUGCUUGGAUUUUGUGCUUUUGAGGGUUGUGUUGGAAUCUUUUGGCCAUCCAUUAUGAAGAUGAGGUCCCAGUACAUUCCGGAGGAGGCCAGAAGCACAAUUAUGAACUUCUUCCGCAUUCCUCUCAAUAUAUUCGUGUGCAUCGUCCUCUACAAUGUAAAUGCAUUCCCUAUAACGAUCAUGUUUGGAAUGUGCUCAAUCUUUCUCUUCGUGGCUUCAGUUCUUCAGAGGCGAUUGCUGGUUAUAACAGACAAGUCAAAGUCGGGUGACUGGACCUCACUGAAAGAGAGGGAUGUUGAGACUGAGCCACUAAAUGAUGACUAGGACCCAGUAUAGAGUUUUUUAAAGUUAUGAGGUUAAAAGCAUUUAUACAAUGAGGCAUACAUUUGUUGAAGAAAUAUAGUUAUAAUUGACAUGGAUUGUUGAGGAACCCGUUCGCCUGACUACAGGGAGAUUGGGGAAUAUAGGUUAAAGUAAGCCUGCAAAGACUCUCGACAAGAAACCACCUAUUUUUUCCUAUAUUGUAUAACCUUUGCUACAGUUUUUCUACAUUUGUGGAGGUCUCGGAUAAACGUGUUUGUUCGGGACAUAAUUUAUUUUAUCCAAAAACAAUUGUUUAGUGUGAUUACAUUGUGAACAAUACAUGUGAUUCUUUUAUAACAUCAGAACUCUUAAUAUUACGCCUACAAUUUGGGA